GUUCAUAACAUUGCAUGGAAGCCCUUGAGGUUGUGAAGAAGGAGUUUGAAUAAAAAAGUGCUUGUAAAAAAUAGAAAGAAGUGACAUAAUGUCAGAAGGCAAAAACUUUUUACCAAUUCUUAUUCUUAUCUAUAUUCAUGAAUUGAGAUAAAUAUUCAAGAACCUUGAUGCCUCUGACUUUGUAUUUUAUAAUCUAAAUGGAUGAACAACCCAAAUCAAACAGUCUUAAACUGAAGAUUCUCCAACGUUACAUCUCUGAACUUUGAUUUCUUUAAAGGAUUCACAAAUUUUUAUUCAGUUUUCUGUCUCAUCAACUCGAGAGAAUAAAAUCAUAUAUCAAAGUUGUAGACAAGUAGUGGAAGGAGAAAUAAAUAAAUUUCCCAAGAAUGAAGUCGGAGAAAGAUAAAAUCAUCUUUAAGAACUCAGUUGUAAUGCUACUGUUAUUUACAUUUACGAAUGCAAGCAAAGGAUUGAAGAAUCUUACUCUGUCCGUUUAUCCGGAAGUCAUAAGAAGAGGCCAAAGUGCACAAUUGCAUUGUAGCUACGAAGUGUUCGACAUUCCACUCUAUUCUGUUAAGUGGUAUCGAGGAAUUUUCGAGUUCUACAGAUAUACGCCAUUCGAACAUCCACCUGGAAAAACGUUCUUUUUUAAUACUGGCAUAAAAGUCGAUUUGUCAGUGUCAAAUGCAACCCAUGUUACUCUACGAAAUGUAGAUUUUAAUCUAAAUGGAAACAUUUCAUGCGAAGUGACAACAGAAUCUCCAAAUUUCUAUACAGCAACAGCCACGAGCGUUUUGCAAGUUGUUGAGUUGCCUCACUCGCCACCCACACUCUGGACGGAAUUCACAAAAUAUGAUCCGGGUGACAUUCUGAAAGCCAAUUGUUCAACUCAACCAUCCAAGCCAAGCGCUACUAUAACUUUUCUACUUAAUCAAUAUGCGGUUGGAAAUGAACCAACAGUUUAUCAUCAGACACAGGACAAUUUGUUAUGGUCGUCAAAAGAUUUAAAGAUUCAGAUUCUUCCAUCACAUUAUUUAAAUGGGCAACUUAUACUACGAUGUAGCGCAGAAGUAGGAACACAUUAUGCAGAUUUUACUGAAGCGCCUCUAGAAACAACGCGAAAAGAACCAAUACCAGAAAGAGUGACAUCAUUUAGCAGAGGUCAUGAGCUUCAAAUUCCACACCUUGCAACGAUUUAUCUGAUUUCACUUAUGUUGUACCUUUCUGUCGUCGAAGAAAUUUUGAACUUUACAAUAUCGAGAUAGUCUGGUAUCAUGCUUCUAAAUGUUUGAGAAAUUGAUUUACAUCAAAUUUAUGUAAAUAGGUAUGUGUGUGAAAAUUAAUUAUAAAAAUUUGAAAUGUUCGUUGUAGAGAAUAAAAAAAUGUUUUAAGAG